AUGGUGUCGGUGCGUGCCACGCCCGUGCCCGCCGUGCUGGCGGUCGCGCUGCUUUCGCUGCUCUACCUCACCGUGUCCGACAUCUACGCGCUCAUCAACUACGUGGGCUUCGCCACUUGGUUAAGUAUUGGCGCAGCUGUACUUUGCCUGCCGGUGCUACGUUAUACGCAACCGAAUCUGGAGAGACCGAUUAAAGUCAACCUAAUCUUCCCUGCGGUGUACAUAGUGUGCACGGUGCUGGUGGUGGCAGUGCCAGCGGUGGCGUCCCCCGCGGAGACGGGCGUUGGCUGCCUAAUGAUCCUCACGGCCGUGCCCGUCUACCUGAUACUGCUGGAGCCGCACACACGCCUGCGCGGCCUCGCCAACAUUACAGAUGGGACCACUCGGUUAAUACAAAAACUGACGUUAUCAGUACGACCUAAAAUGAAGUGA